GGGCUCUACGCUACAUCUCCAUGAAAUGUGGCCCAAAUCCGUUCCCCACAGGACCGCUACCCCACUUCCAAAGUGCACGGGAAGCGUACAGAGAAGGGUUUCUAAUUAACUAUGAUGCACAGGAUACCUGGCUCCCAGACCAAGCUGAGGCAUCCCUUGCGCGAUUUAGAGCUCUGGAACAUGCAUUGGCUGAAACAGCGACAAGACGCCGUGACGCGUUUGUGAAAUAUCAAAUCGGACGCGUCUUCAACUGGGCCAGGGAAGUUCGCCAUGGCUUGGGUGCAGGAUGUUCUUGGGUGGGGGAACAACUCCGUCCCCAAGAUAUCACUGGAGAAAAUCCGAUGGAUGCGGAUACCGGGCCUUUUCGAGGCGCUUUGGAUUGUGGCGAUGGGGAUAUUAUUAUCGACGUUCUAUUUUCAGGAAGCUCAGCAUUCCCGCCCUCAGGAGAAAGCAGUACACCAUGGAUCGUCACUGGGGGGGUUAAGAGGGUUCCAAGAAUCGGUGGUUGGUGUAUUACACCGCAAAAUGAGAUGGAAGGUAUUGAUCUCGGGGGGUUGGAAUGGAAUCCGAUAGCGGCUCAAGACGAGCAAGUAGCUUAGAGUGCGCGCGCAGUACCAUCAAUCUCGAGUCAUUCACGGCUCGGCAAUAGAGACAUCAGCGAAGGUUCCACAAGUCAGCAUUCAUGCAGAACACCACGACACCGUCCUGGAGAAGGAGUGGAGAAGGAGCAAAGGAUUCUUUGUCCAGCACGAUGCGUGG